CCGCAUUGCUUACCAUCGACAUCCUGUGAUCUCUUUGUUGAAGUUCCCUUUGUGUAGUGUUUGUACCUUCGACUUCCACGACAGAUCUAGUACAGAGUCAGCCUUCGCCUGCUCUCAGAAUUAUUACCUGUGUGAUAGAUCAUAGACUCUAUAGCUGUUACGCCUUCUUUUUCCAUCUCAGGUUACACCAUGGCAUCUCCCGCACAUUGCUUCUAUUGCUUUGAAAGCUUGGCUGCUUCGUUUAAACAUGAGGAACCUCCUAGCCUUGCUGCCAUAGAGAAUUCUUAUUGGCAAUUUAGUCAAUCUAAGAAACUGGCCGCCGUGGGAGACAAGGCCAUCGCCGGCGAAAAAGAGGAAGAAGUAACUGAACAGGCUGCAAAGCCACCUUAUAUAUCACGUCUCCAACAUGAUGAGCCAUCAGACUCGUCCAGUACGACAACCUUAUCGGCCACUUCAUCUCGCUCAGCGCUGUCAAAUUCAACCAAUUUAACCACACCAGAUGAAUCUUUAGACCCAAAUCGAAGCGAACUCUCAGAGGAAUCCUAUCCAGUAUUUGUAACGUGGAAUUUAAUUUCCAGACAUGGUCACAAAUCCCUUCGUGGUUGUGUUGGCACGUUUGAAGCACAAAAGCUCUCGCACGUCCUCAAAACCUAUGCACGCAUUUCCGCAUUUGAUGAUAUACGUUUCUCCCCAAUCCCUUCGUCACAGCUACCUUCCCUGUCAUGUUUUCUGACUCUACUUGGCAAUUUUGAGCCAUGCACGGACGCUUUGGAUUGGGAGCUAGGAAUACAUGGCCUCCGAAUUUCCUUCAUUUACAGAAACCGACGAUAUGGCUCCACAUACCUUCCAGAUGUCGCACCCGAGCAAGGGUGGUCAAAAGAGGAAACCGUAGAGAGCUUGAUGCGCAAAGCUGGCUGGGAUGGUGCUGGCAGUGGGAGCGUAGCAAAAAGAAUUCUUCGCGGAGGCAGUACUAGCGGGCCUACUAAUAAUCGAAAACCAUGGGAGGAAGUUUCCGAUUUCAAAGCUAUACGAUACCAAGGCCUAACAGCAGCCGCCGAUUAUAGUGAAUGGCAAGAAUGGAGGAAAUGGGUUGAAGCAGAUGAAUCGAGACUAGAAUUAUUGCAGCAGUCAUAAUCAAGACCCUCUAGAGGGCCGGGCGUGAAUACGGAGUACAAGCAAUUUAUAUCUACUUUUGUACCUUUUUUAAUGAAUCGAUGGAUCUAAACAUCUCACAUAUAAUAAAAAUGAGCUUAAUGCAACUUUCGGG